GACGGCGUUUUCAGCCGUCUGCCAUUUCACGCCUUUUAUGAUGGGCAGCGAUACCUUGCGGAGCGCUUCUGCACGAGCAUGUGUUGCUCCAUGGCGCUUCUUUGCACGCACUUUGCAGACGCGAUGGCGAUGGAAGGGAAGGAAAAGGAGGCCAGGCGAUGCACCGUUGUUGACGACGCCGCGCACUCCUCAGUGUUGUUGGACGCAUACCUCGCCAAGGCAGCUGAAGAGGGCGUCUGCGUGCGUCGUGUGGUGAUAGACGAGGACCUCGCAGCGUCGGGCGUGGAAACGACGCGCGAUGAGCAGCUGGGCGAGGAGACCCGGAGGAUUGGCGAUGCUCAUGACGGUGGGGAUGAAAAGGACGAGUUGCCAUCGGAGGACCCGGAUAUCGCCGCGACGCAGCGGCUUCUUUCCGCUUUGCACCGCCGCGGGAAGGUACGGGGUGUUCGUAACGCUCUCUACCGUGCGGUGCACGAGGAGGCCGCGGCGGGUGGUGUGCUCGAGAUACGACUUCGGGCAAUGCCGGAGGUACGGGAGGAUUACUGUGGCAUGUUCGUUGGUGCCUCGAGUGAUGUCAUUGCGAGCCAGUCAAGUGAAAUCGCCAACACGUGGGAAAUGCGCCCGUACGCACUCGUUAUUUGCACCGGUGUUGGGACUUACAGCGGGUUGUCCAUCCAUGAGACCGGCAUCCCCGUGUACCGCUCGUUGCAGUACGCGGGGGCGUGCCGCAUGUUGAUCGCCAUCAACAGCCGUCUGCCGACGAGCGAUCGUGUCGCAGCGGCGGCAGUGACCGCCUCCAUGGCGAACGGGUGCAGUGUGGCUGCCUCUGUUCGGGAUGCAUACCUGCAAUGUAUCGCCGACCGCACACCUUUGGAGGAGUGGGCCGCCUUCUCCCUCCUCGGUCUGCCGUGA